AGCGCAGGUCCACGUCGGAAAGUCCGUCCCGCGUUUCGACAGAUAUCGUCACGCAGCGUACCGACCCGCGAAUUGCCUUUGCAAAUAUUGCCCUGACACGUCGAAUAAAUUAAAUUGCGCUUUGCAACGACAACGACAACGAGACAACAGUCGCUGGCUGAGUACGAUAACGACGACAACGACGGCGACGGCGAACGUCGUUUGUUGUGACGAGCGCAGUUAUGUCACGCGACUCCAACACGCCGCACUUGUGCGCCGUCCCGCGACAUUUGCGAGUGACAGAUAUCGCGUUUUGCAGGCAUCAGCGAAUUCGCACUUUCGAUCUGCCAACAUGGUAGACGUUACGACAGCUUUGCCGUCCAACGGAGGAGGCUCGCUAAUUGGACGCACCAGAGGAGCUCUCAGGUCGGUGCGAUCCGCCCUGGGCGGCAGCGGGGAGUAUCUACAGGGCCUAGGGAACAGAAUAGGGUCCGCUCUUAGCAGCAGCUUGGAGGAAAGCGAGCUGACCACGACUCCGUCCUCGCCGCCGUCGUCGCCGCCGCCGCCGCCGCAAGCAGCACCGCCUAUGAAGCCGCCUAUCAAGUCGGAGGAGCAGUUGGGACGGCGGAAACUCCGGCUGCCAAAGUUCGGCGCGGGAUUAUCUUACGAGGAUUACGAGGCGAUAGCGCGGCACAAAUUGGAGCGGCAGGGAAGCGCCAACCUCUCCAGGUGCACGCGGAAGUAUCCCCCCGGGAUGACUUACGAGGAGAUCGCGUCCUCGAGGUCGGCCUCGAGCAAGAAGCAGGAGAGCCGGACGGAGCAGGACGACAUCAGUCCCGACCGGGACAGCCAGGAAAGUAUAGAGCCCCUCCAAGAGCAGGACAUCAAGGCGACCGGGCCCGAUCCUUAUGAGAAGUUGAAUUACAAAGCAGCGAGGGCGCCUACCCGCUAUCAGACGAUCGUUUUCCGUUUAGACAUACCUUGCAGCAGCGACUCCACCAGCGAUCAGGACGGCUACGGGCCCAGCACCAGCUUGGACUCCAAUAUGGAUGGCCGUAGGAUGUGGCAGCGAUCAGGGUCGUCGGGCUCUGUUCAGUCCUGGGCCUCGAGCUUAUCGGCCGACAGCCAAUCGGAGGAAGCAGCUGCAGACUUCAUGAAGGCCUUCGUGCCUCUUUUAUUCGACGCGCCUAACAGUAUCGAUCAGGAGCAGAAGGCUAAUUUCGGGCAGAUGGUCCUGACCGAGUCGGGGAGGAUAUGGUUCUCCAGAGUGGUGAACGCGAGGAGGGCGCGCGCUUGCGUUACGGAGGCUUCGUUCUACUCCUUGGCCCAGCACUUUGCGGUCGCGCUGUUCGAGUGCCACGAGGCGGAUGACUUUGCACCGGCUAAGAGUCUCAUGAACAUGUGCUUUACAUUUUACCACGAAGUGGAAGUCCCCGGAUUAGAGCCAUACCGCGAGUAUCUGUACACGCAUUUGCGCGUCCAACCGAUAUGGACCUCCAUGAGGUUCUGGACCGCUGCCUUCUUCGACGCGGUUCAGUGUGAGCGAGCCUCCAGGCCAGUGCCGCCACGACCAAAGUCCUUGGAUCAAGAGAGCAUCGCCGCCGAGGACCGAAGGUUCCAAGCGAACAUAGUCUUCGGGCAAUUGGGGACUUUCACGUGCAACAUGCAUGCUUUCGGCCUGUCACGAGCUUUAUGCACCGAGUUCCUGCGGAAACAAUGCAUCAUCGCGAAUUUGACCAAAGAGCAAGAGAAGAUGCUGCGAGACAACAUAGAUCGGAUGUUCGACGAGACCGAGCCAUGGCGGUAGUUUAACGGCGGAGCCACGCCAAGAGGAUCGAUCGUGGAAGUCGUCCUGCGAAGUGUUUCUUCCUAAAAAUGUUUCCGGCAAAAUCCGAAUUGUUCUCGAGCGCCGAGAAAGCGGCGAGGUCAAUUACGAGUGCAUUCUUGUUGAUAUCGUUGCUCGCAAAUCGACACCUAAUGUAUCUUUCGCGGUAUUCGACGUUCAACACUGACGCCGCUCGCUGGCACGCAAAUAUUGCGCGGAUUAGCGUCGUUGAAUCGUACCAAAAUUCUCGUUUCCGAUACGAAGUAGUUAAGACAUUACGAGUCCUAACAGCGCUUAUGAGAGGGAACAAGAGAAGAUGAAAUCUGAGGUCCACGUUGGAGCAAGUGCGAAAUUUUGGAAUAAAACGUUGAAACUUGAAGAUUCAGACUGCGACGAUAAAAUUAAGCUUCGAAAUGACAAUAAAAUGCGAGAAUGCAACUGCGUUGUCGGCAGUUUGGUCCAAGUGCGGUUGAUCGUAUUUUACAUAACGCUCGAGAGAGGGUGAUUCCCUCACUGAUAGAAAGCAUAUAAUUCGAUACACAGCGAUGACUCACGACGAGAUCGCGCUUUAUCGAAUUUCUGAAUGAAAUUCCAGGCGAGCAUUUGUUAAAUGAUUUUUACCUCUCCUACAUAGUCUGUGCGAUAUUCUAUCUGUAGGUUCUUUUUUCUUUCCUUUUUACACUAUGAUUUGUCGUGUAGUUACUAGUUAUCGUAACUUCGAUCGCUUUCUUCCCGGAUAAAUGGAUUUCUAAUGCGCGUGUGAAUCCUAACGCGUUACACUUGUAACUUAUUGUUAGCUGUGGCAAUUUCCAACGUGAGGAGUCAUUGACGCCUUUUGUAAAAACGGGACUCACGAAACAAAAAUGUAAAGUAUUUUUUUUCCAUUGUUAGACGAGAGUGACAUUCCUUCCUCUAGCGGAAACCCGAUACCGGUUGAUUGUAAUAAACGGUUUGCACAUUUUAACGACCUAUCAUCACACGCGAUGUAAAUCGUUACAUCAUCAUUGUGCGAUGUAAAUAAUUUCAGAAGAAAAGCUUGUACCUAAACACAUAUCAUCAAAUGCAGAUCACACAACGCUCUAUUUUAUUUUAUAUAUGUAUCUACCUGUGCGAUAUAUAUAUAUAUAUACAUAUAUAUAUAUAUAUAUAUAUGUGCCUGUAAGUAUGGAACGGUAAAUUCAACAAACACUCAAGGCAAAUAAAUACCAUCGUCGUA